AUGUCUCUAACGGACUACGAAGCAGAGCUGGAGGCGUUCAUAGCGCGCCAAAGGCAAUUAAUAGAACAAGAAAAGCAGCGAUUUGUGGAGCUAGAAACGAGUCAGCAAGAUCUGGAAGUUCCAAAAGCGCCGGAACACCCGGAAGAGCCGCUAGUUGAACCAGAAUCACCGGAAAGACGUGUUGAGUACGAUAAACUAUCUAAAGAGAUGGCAAACCGCGAGAUCAGUGUUAAAAGUACCCCGGAAGAACCGGUGCUAAGCACUCCGAAAGGAACGGGUUCAGAAAAUAAGACUAACAAACCCCAUCCGGAUCCGGAAACCGAGUUGGUAACGCGUUCGAGACAGAAAGAAAGUCCCAAGAGAUCCGCUCCAUCCAUCGACGAUUCUUCUCCAGCUGGUCCAUCGCAGGCAAAACAAUCGUCGUCGCAACAGGAUGCCAUGGAACAGUGGGUGUCGGACACGUUCUUUUCGUACUUUCCGAGCUUCAACAAAAAGCAAAAGGAGCAGAAAGGGGCCCUGUCCCGCAAGCGCCAAGAGGAGUAUCAAGAGUAUUUGAAAAAUGUAAAUUUCAUUGCUAAUGCGAUACCGGAGGUCACAACGAAACACCAGGAGUACAUCAAAAAGUACGGCAAAGGGACCAAAGGAACACCCGGUGAAGGCGAAAAGACCGGCAACGACAAGAGUCCGCAAACGCCGAAGGCCGGUGGUGGUGGUGGUGGCGGUGGUGGUAUGGGCAACACCGGAACGGCCCAGCAACCGCAAGUUCGCUUUGGCAAGUCACUGGUGGCGGAAGGAAACACGAGCUUCCGCAAAGGUAGCCCGCGUGAACAGUUGAUCCACGAUUUAGCCCAUACUGAUCUGCCUACCAUUCUUAACACAGACACUAUCGAUCGCAGGAAUAGGAUGUUGGCUGAAGAAGAGAGUCGGCGUAAGAUGGAAUACCAGCGGGAGCUGAUCAAACAAAUCGAAGAAAAACGAAAAGAGGUCGAACGGAUGCGUGAGAAGGAAAAGCUUGAGGAGGAAAUGCUGACCAGCCGAUUGGAACAACAGCUCAAGACGAUGCAGCUGGAGGAGCAACUGGAACAUGAACGAUUGCGCAGCGAAAAGAUACGCAUCGCCAACGAGCAGAACCACAUCCGCCGGUUGCAGCUACUGGCCAACCUCGAAAACGACCAUAAGGUGUUCAAUCCUUACGAUGGCCAACGGAAGGCAUUGUCGGAUAAUGGUGGCAAACCGACGGCCAGCAACGCUACGAAAGCUACCCUGGCACCACCGAAUGCGUUCUCCUCCGGUGACGAGCGUACGAAGGGGUACCGAUACUUUAGUACUUCGGCACCGGACGAGAAGCAUGCUUACGUCGCUCCGUCACCCGCGCUCUCGUCGGAGCACGAUUACGAUUCUUCCAGUGAAACCACCGCCAUCGGCUAUCCACCGCUUCCUAUCGAUCACCACCAUCAUCGGUAUCAGUACAGCAAGAACUGCCGAGGUGAAGUUGAACGUUCCUUUCUUCCACUAACACCCGGUGCGAAAAACAACAACAAUCGCCGGAAGCACACGUGUACCAAGUGUGUUUGCAAACGCACCGGUAUGAUGGCACCGAUACCGGGUCAAGUACCGAUAGCGAAGGAUCAACGACGAUGUGCCCGGUGUGAACGGUUGAUCAAACGAUCGUUACUGUACGGUGGCAGGGUAGCAACGCUUUGUGCCGUUUGUCAGCUGGCCACGGAUGCCCGACGAACCACGACAACGCGGCAUGAGUACGGUGGUGCCUCCGUGCACCCGACGUUCGAUACGGACGAUUUCGUGGAGGACAGUGAGGCGGUGAAUGAGCGCGAAACGAACGCCGGAUCUCCCGUGAAUCCUUACAAAAUAAUCGACGUACAGUAUCACGAGAGCGAAGACGAACGGGGUGAGCUGGGCAUACUGAAUCCGGUGAUUGUGAAGAAAAACUACCGUCGACCACCGUACUCGAUGAACAUCCCGGAAACCUCACUCUUCCACCCGAGCAAAAGCGCACCGGAACCGGUCGUCUCCGUGAACGUACGUAAUGGGGAAGUGUUUGUUGAAAAUAAGCUUUCGCGGUCACGUCCCGCGAGUCCACCGGUACCGGCCGUGAAGUCGCAACAACAGCAGCAGCAGCAGAAUAAUGACCAUCAUCGUCGCGACCACCAUCGGGAUGAUGAAAGCUCCGAAGCCAUAGGCAAUGAUCUGGUAGAUGAGCGGAUUUCAAAGUACGUGCGGAACUACAACACGCUUUGGAUGAAGCGUAGUAAUGCUAGGACACAGAAUGGACACGUUACGACGUCGCAUUCGCCUAACCGUCGGCCACAUCAGCCGGCGCACACCACCUACGAGCAGCAGCAUAGCUCGAAGGGCGGUACCCCUUCCAGGUCGGCGCUACCAUCGCUUUCGCCACCGAAAGUGUACGUCAGCGAUCGGCCGGAAAAGUUAAAAAGCGACGGACUGAAGUUGGUAGAGAAGAAGUGGGAUGUACCGGCAGUAGAACGGACAAAGGUGCACACCAAGGGCUCCACGCGGGUGCUUACGCAGCUCGGUACGAUUCGGAAGCAGCUACAGCUGGAGCAGCUGCAGAUGGAUGAUGGACAAUCGUCGUGUGCGGAUAACUUCUAGGACCAGUGUUGAGCAACACCUCCAUUGACCAUUUUUACCUUUUUGUACAACGAAGCGAUUAGUGAUGAUCCACACGCCGUAUGCACUCCAGGAACAGGCUUCCAAAAAUGAGCAACAGAUUAAAACGAGCCUGGCUCAAAGCCGAGCUUUUGAAGAAUUCACCCUUUUUGUAGAAAUUAUGAAUAAUCAAAACCCC